AUGGAGUGUCCAAAUCAAACAGCCCCAAAUGAGUUUAUCCUCUCUGGGUUUCCAUAUCCACAAGAACUAAAGCUCCCCUUGCUUCUCUUCUUCUCAAUCAUGUUUAUCCUGACUCUUUCUGGAAAUUCUCUGAUCAUCUUGGUGGUGAUUUCUGACCUUCAACUGCACAAGCCCAUGUACUGGUUCCUGUGUUAUCUCUCCAUCCUGGACAUGGCCUUCUCAGCUGUGGUGGUUCCCAAAGUUAUUGCUGGAUUCACUCCUGGUGGAAAAGUCAUCUCUUUUGCAGGUUGUGUGACUCAGCUGUUCUCCUUUCAUUUCACUGGAUGUGCAGAAUGUUUUCUUUACACCGUGAUGGCCUAUGACCGCUUCUUGGCCAUCUGUAAACCACUCCACUAUGGCAACCUCAUGAGCUGGAAAGCCUGCCUCAGCCUCUCCUUGGGUACCAUCAUUGGUGGUUGCAUGAACUCCGCAUUUCUGACAUCUCUCACCUUUCAUUUGCCUUAUGGAGAGAACAACUAUAUUGACUAUGUCUUCUGUGACAUUCCAUCCAUGCUGAAGCUGGCUUGUGUUAACAUAAGAUUUAGUGAAUUGAUGAGCAUCAUUGAUGUGGGUUUUAUAACAAUGACCUGCUUUCUCCUUAUCCUAGCAUCUUAUGCUUAUAUCAUCUCAGCCAUUUUGAAGAUUAGUAGCAGUGAGGGACAGCACAGAGCCUUCUCAACUUGCAGUGCCCAUCUUAUUGUGGUGUUCAUAUACUACCUGCCUCUGUUUUAUCAUUAUAUGCGGCCAGCUUCUCAGGGCUCCAUGGAUGGUGUGGUGAGCAUGUUCUACACCACAAUCACCCCUUUGUUGAACCCCGUGAUAUACACACUUAGGAACAAGGAGAUGAAAACUGCACUGGUGAAACUAUGGAGUGGGAAGAGGGAUAUAGGAAAA